AUUUCUUUAACAGCUAUGACAAAGUCUUUCAUUCUCGUCUUCUUUUUUGUCGUCGUAUUCUUUGCUGUCGCAACUCAACCAUAUUCGAUGGGCUUGGGACAUCGGCUGCAGGAUGCAAACAAUAUAGAUUGCGGGAAGGAGUGUGGGAGAAGAUGCAGCUUGUCGUCGAGGCCAAAAGUGUGCGUGAGAGGGUGCACGAUGUGCUGCGCGAGGUGCAACUGUGUGCCGCCGGGAACUUCUGGUAACGAGAAUAUCUGCCCCUGCUAUGCCGAUAUGACUGCCCAUGGCGGCCGGAAAAAGUGUCCUUAGUUGUCGAAUUAUAAUUAUAAUAAUAAUAAUAAUAAAUAAAUAACAAUAAUAAUAAUAGUAAUCUUGGUUGAAAGAUAUUGAUCAAAUGAUGCAAGAAAACGAGAGGUGAUAAUUCACUGAGGAUGGAAAGUAA